UGCUCAAGAUGGCCUGGCCACGCGAAGCAGAGAACAGGACCCUCUGCCCCACGGGACCGGGCAGGAGCGCGCGAGGGAGGAGCCCCGCUCGGCUCUAGAGCCGGGCGGCCAGGCAGACGCCCACCGUAGGCGUCUGGGACCGCGACGCCUAAAGCCUGGGGCCUCCGUCGUGGCGAGACCCCCCGUUUCGCGGGCGGGAGAGAACCCGGCCAGGCUGUCAGCAGGGGUAAGGCGAAAGUCCAACACGGACGGAAAAAGAGAGAUUUCGGUUCCCGGGGACGUUUUAGAGAGACGUACCCGUCCUUCCUUUUCCGGUCGGGUCCAUCCGGGCCUCCGGCCCUGAAAGAGGUUGAGCAGGAGCUGCCGGAGGAGGCUGGCCGGCGUGAAUGCUGCGGUCCCUCGGGGCGGUGAGGAGCACCAUGCCUAAAGCACUAAAGGUAAAAAGUGUAGGACGGGAAAAAAAAGUCAUCCAUCCAUAUAGUAGAAAAGCAGCUCAAAUGACAAGAGAGGCCCACAAACAAGAAAAAAAGGAAAAGUUGAAGAAUGAAAAGGCAUUGCGUCUCAACCUUAUUGGUGAAAAACUCGAGUGGUUUCAAAAUCAUCUUGAUCCCCAAAAAGUAGGAUAUUCAAAGAAAGGUGCUUGUGAAUUAAUUGAAAGGUAUUUAAAUCGAUUCAGCAGUGAGCUGGAGCAGAUUGAAUUACAUAACAGCAUCAAAGACAGGCAAGGAAGGCGGCACUGUUCCAGGGAGACAGUCAUCAAGCAGACAAUGGAGCGUGAGCGACAGCAGUAUGAAGGAUAUGGCCUUGAGAUUCCAGACAUUGUAAAUGCAGAUAAUCUGAAAAAUUUUAGGGAAUGGGAUUUGGAUCUGAAGAAAUUGCCAAACAUUAAAAUGAGAAAAGUUUGUGCUAAUGAUGCAGUUCCCAAAAAGAGCAAGAAGAAAACUGUUAUAACUGUAGACAAAGAUUUAGGGGAAUUAGAACUAAAAGAUGAAUCAAGUGACUCAGAUGAGGAGAUGACUGCAGUGGCCUAAUUGUCCCUUAUUUGAGUUGAAAAUAAGUAAUUUGAGUGCCUCAAGUUACACUUGAAUUGAUGAUGGUAAAUAAUUGUCUAGAUCCAAAAAUUUGUUAGUUAACUUACUUUCUUAUGUGGUGAGAAUUCUAGUUGCAGUUUCAAAAACAGUGUUACAAUUUUUAUUUUAAAAUGUUGCUUUUUAUUUACAUUAAGUUGCUAAAUAGAUACAGUGAAAUAAAAUAAAAUUAUGGUCUUUAAGGGUCAUUUAAUCUGAAUUUCUGGGUCGGGGGAGCAAUGUGAAUAAGUACAAAAAAUGAUUUUAGUUUUUUUUAGAAUCAUCUAAUCUCACAUUUUGGGGCAUGGACAGCAACCUGUUUUCUAAAAGGGUCCUAUGGAUACUUCUUGGGAAGUGAUAGCAAAAUUGUCUUUCAGUACUAAAAUUUUACUAAUCUUCCUCUUAAUCAUUCACGCUGUUUUCUUUCCUUAAGAAACAGGAAAAAUGUAAUGUGAAUUUCAUAUAUACUGAUGGGAUUGUACAUUAUUUUUAUUUAUUAUCUUUAAUCUAGAGUUAAAUGGUAAAAAAUAAAUUAUUCUUGCUAUGCUGAUCUACCACACCUUUAUCUUUUGAUAAAGUGGAUAAAUGAUUUCAGGUUAACUCUUUUGUUUGUAUGUUAUUUCCUGCUUUCUCAUUGUGAGAAGUGGUGUUUUGUAGGACUGAAGAUUAGAGAACCAAUUAUUUUAGUUUUGUUAUUUUUUAAUUCUGUGACAUAGGUUAAAUGACAUAUAACUCAAUAUUUCAAGUGGCAUUGAAAACAUGGAUGUGUUAGAAUAUUCUUCGUAGUUGUUAAGUGCAAGUAUCUUUUAGUCUAUUUUCUAAAGGAUGCGAUUCAAAUGUAUUUGAGUAUUUUUGAGAAAAGAAAAUAUAAAACAAUGUUUUUAAUUUAUAACUUUAGUUAUGAGUUUAAAUAUCAACUAAGUCUUGUUAACAAUUUGUUUAAAAUGUUACAGAUCUUUUGUUUCUGAAAAUUAAAAAUAAAAUUGAUUUCCAUAA